UUUUCCAGACUUGAUCUUUCAAAGAGUUUGACUGGUGAAUCAUAAGAUCCUCAAAAAGGAUUUGUUAAUAAUUUUUUUGUACUUUUUCCAGAGUAAAGGUGGAUAAUGCAGGUUUUGACUUGGACAAAGGCCUGUAUUCAGUGGGAAUCUGUCUGGACUGUCAUUUCUUCAGCUCUAGGCUGGUCAGGGAUCAGUGUUUUGUCUUCGGCCGUUCAGCGGUCUCACAGUGACCGGUCACACUCAUCUCAGCUCCUCUAAUUCUCUGUGGAGCGUUGUGUUUCUCCUCUCAGUGUGUGUCCGGGUGAAGCGCUUGAUCGUGAUGUGCUAUAGAAGAUCAAGGACCAGCGAGGAUGGAGAAAGUCAUUUUGUUAAAAGCUGUGGGACUAUUGGAGAUCGUCUUCUCGUAGAAGCUUAAAGGCAGAUGUCAUCAUGUGCUCAUCCUCCAAUUUCCGAUGGGUUGAGAGUGAAGAAAACGUCUAAAAUUUCUGCGGUGUUCACAGAGGUCCCUCAUGACAUCUCGGCACAGAGCGGUCAGGACGUGGAGAUGGCCUGCUCGUUUCGAGGGGCGGGGUCACCGUCCUAUUCGCUGGAGAUCCAGUGGUGGUACAUCAGGAACCACAGAGAAUGGACGGACAAGCAGACGUGGACCACCAAUCAGGUCGUGCCACAGAAUGAGAUGUCAAAGGAUGCCACCAAAAUCAGUGUGGUGAAGGUCGCCGGAAGCAACAUCUCCCACAAGCUCCGACUGUCCAACGUGAAGCCGUCAGACGAGGGCACGUACGAAUGCCGCGUCAUCGACUUCAGCGACAGCAAGCUACGCCACCAUCGCGUGCGGGCGUACCUGCAGGUGGAGCGCGCGGAUCCUCCGUCCCACCAGGGGGCGACGUCACAAGAGGACGUUCUGCAGUCCGAGCACCACAAGCACCACGCUCACCACAAACCCGGCCGAGAGCUCAGGAAGAGGUCCGCUGAUGAUAGUACCACUGACUGCACGGAGAGCUGUGCACUUUAGGUUCCUCUUAUCGUUACUUAUUACCCAACCCGAGCACCCGUACACCCACAUCGUUCCUUACACCGACCCCUGAAGUUGGGAUGGUUCAUCCAAAAAUUAAAAAUUCUAAAAUUUUCUCUCCCUCAUGUCUUUCCAAACCUAAAACGUGAAGCCAAAGCGCCUCGAUCGCCCUCAGGUGGUUGGCUCCAGUAUAGGUUGUAAACACUGUAACGUAAUUGACGAGGCAAACUAAACAAUUAAAUUACACUUCAAAUACAUUUUUUCCAAAGAUGUUUUCUGUCAUUUUAGGUAGUUUUUAGUACGUUCAACAUCUCACGACUAAACAAAGGGUUCGCCGAUGUAAGUUUGCACACCAAUGCACAAAACGCGUAAUUUUUAAAAAAGCGCCUUUUUGGUUUAACGCGUCGCGUUAAAAACUGCCCGACCAAUGAGAUUGCCGCUUUUGUGCUCGAGCACAAAAUGAUCUUGCCGAGUAAACAUUGAUAGAAGGAAGACGACGAAGAGGAAGUAGACGAAGAAGAAGAUGAAACGAGGCAAGAUUAAGGUAAAGCUGCUGGUGUCUAAACACAAAGAUCGUUGACCAACGCCACAGCGACUACAAAAAUCUUGAUUAGAGGGAGUUGUUAUGGAUAUUAAUUGCACGUGAAUACUGGCUCUCUUCUUCUGUGUGACAAGUGAGUGUUAGGAGUUGCGCAGCGCCACCUUGUGUACCGGGGUAUUUCUGUUUUUAAAUAAGCGCCAUCUACAUUCAGGGAGUGAAAUUGCGUUCACUCGGCGCAUCGCCAGUGAAAAUUGCUUGAGCGGGAACACA